AUGGCAGACACCCCGGCGAUACAUACGCCGCCGGUGCCGCAUUUCCAUGAUACGCCCUCGCAGGCCGUCUUUGACGAAGCGGCCCAGCAGACGUUCAAGUUCCAGCGCCAGCUCGAGGAGUCGGACGACAUCAUCGAGAUCCCCGAGUCGCGCGAGCGGCGCAUGUGGGAGCUCCGUCUGAUGCACAACUUCAUGCUGAACCAGGCGCAGCAGUUCCAUGAACACAAGGGGAAGCACGCGCCGCAGCCUGCACCUACGGCGUCCCUGCCGGAGACACAGAACGCAACUCAGGAGAACGGCGCCUUCCUCUGGGGCAGGGAGAUCCCGUACAUGGCGUUCGAGGACGACGGCAUGCUGUACAGCAUGCUGGCGCACAGCGCGCUGAACUUGUGGACCAAGUCAGCCGACUUCGCCGAGCGGGACACUCUCCGCGUCCUUCAGCAAAAGUAUCUUGGUAUGGCGCUCCGCGAGCAACGCAAGUCGGUUGCGACGUUGAGCCGGGAGAACGCAGACAGGGUGUGCAUGUCCAGCCUGACAAUGCUCUCGCACAGCUUCGCGCUCGUGCAGACGCUGCCCCCCAGGCCGUGGGAGCCGCCGCUCGAGUGGCUGCGGAUGGGCAGGGGCGCCGGUGCGCUGUUCACCGUCGCCAGGGGCUAUCUUGGCGGCUCGAACCAGUCGGACCGGUUCCAGCGGUUCCUCAACUCGCCGCCAAAGUUCGACCCGGACGAGAUGUUCACGCAGGAGAACCGCGAGCAUCUGCUGUGGCUGCUGGACAACGACGGUGGCAGCGCAGAUGACGGCGGUAUUGAGAUGCAGGACAAGGUCACGAUCAUCAUCUACCAUCGCGUGCUAAGCUACAUCGGCACCGUUCAGAAGGGCAUUCGUGAACAGGAGCCGCUGUUUGCCAUAUGUCGCCGCUUUGCUGGUUUCUCGGUCUGGAUGCCGGAUAUGUUCCACGAGUUCUUGACCCAGAGGCGGCCUCGCGCGCUGGUCGCGCUGGCGCACUUCUUUGCGCUAUGGAUUCCAUACAGCGAUGUCUGGCUCGUGGGCAAGACGGGCGAGAACCAGGUCCGGGGUAUUUACGAAGUACUUCCGCACGACUGGAGGCACAAGUUGGACCCGAUCUUUGUGGAAUACAACUUGGACUAUGAUAUAUGA